CGUAUUACACGAAAAGUAAUGGCGAAGCUGUUGAAACGGUAGUGUAACAGGCACUGUAUAAUAUCAGUUAUAGUUCAUUAUUUUGGUUUUGUAGAAUAACAUUUUUUUGAAAAUAAUGCCUCUUUUUGGAAAGAAAGAUCCUCAGCGUAAGAAAGAGAAGGAAAAUGCAAGUGUUGAAGACAGAUAUGAGUUCAAAGAUUUACUCGGCACAGGAGCAUUUUCCCAAGUGGUUCUGGCAGAGAGCAGAGAUGAGCCUGAGAAGCUUGUUGCCAUUAAAUGCAUUGACAAGAAAGCUCUCAAAGGAAAGGAAGACUCCCUUGAGAAUGAAAUAAAAGUUUUAAGGAGGUUAAAGCAUCCAAAUAUUGUUCAGUUAAUUGAGACAUUUGAAGACAAGAGCAAAGUUUAUUUAGUUAUGGAAUUGGUUACAGGAGGAGAAUUAUUUGAUAGAAUAGUAGAGAAAGGAAGCUACACUGAGAAAGAUGCUAGCCAUUUGAUUAAGCAAAUUCUUGAAGCUGUGGAUUAUAUGCAUACCCAAGGUGUUGUACAUAGAGAUCUUAAGCCUGAAAAUUUGCUUUAUUAUAGUCCAGAUGAUGACUCAAAAAUCAUGAUUAGUGAUUUUGGACUGUCUAAAAUGGAAGAUUCAGGAAUAAUGGCCACAGCAUGUGGAACACCUGGAUAUGUAGCUCCAGAAGUACUAGCUCAGAAACCUUAUGGAAAAGCUGUAGAUGUAUGGUCAAUAGGUGUAAUUGCUUAUAUAUUAUUGUGUGGUUAUCCACCUUUCUAUGAUGAAAAUGAUGCUAACCUGUUUGCUCAGAUUCUAAAAGGAGAAUUUGAGUUUGAUUCUCCUUAUUGGGAUGACAUAUCAAACUCAGCAAAGGAUUUUAUCAGUCACCUGAUCUGUGUUGAUGCAGACAAAAGGUUUACCUGCAAAAAAGCAUUGGCUCAUCCAUGGAUUUCAGGAAAUACGGCUAAGGACACCAAUAUCCAUGGAACUGUUAGUGAGCAGUUGAAGAAAAACUUUGCUAAGACAAAAUGGAGGCAAGCAUACAAUGCAACGGCUGUCAUUCGACAGAUGAGAAAACUAGCCAUGAACAGUACGGGAAGCUCCACUGAUUCAGCUAACCACCAGGCUAGUGCCAAAGAUGAUGUCUCAAGCACAACACCAACUAAGAAGAGUCCCAAGGUGACUAUAAACAAUACCUCAGAAAAGAAUUAAACCCUAUUGCAAUUACAAAAUCCUAAAGAUAACAUUUACUGCUAGCAUGUAUACUAGCAGCUGUUUAAUUGGGUGAUUUUGUCCCCUGUCGGGGUGCUCAUUUUCAUAUGUAUUUGUGUUAGCUGCUGUUAGGUUCACAUCGUUGAUGGUUGAAAAAUAUUGGGAGAGAAAAAUAAUGGUUAUUAAAUUGAUGGAUUGAUCCAUGGUUAUAGCAAGGCAGGAAUAUGUCCUCUACAGUUUUUGCUUCCUCCAUAUAUGUGCUGUGGUUGUGUAUUUAAAUGUGUAUUUUUUAUAUUGGUGAAAAUGACACUUUAGUAUUUCUGUUUACUGGUAGUUAUGUUCUGUAUACACAUCUGAAACGUACACACUUACGUAUAAUUCUUCUAUACAUAUGUAUGUGAGAAUAUUCAAUCAAUAAUUGUAUUCUAUGCAGACACUACAGCAAGUUCUUGGUAUACAAAAUAUGUAAAAUGUUUAUUAAAAGUAGACAUAUAAAAGAACAAAUUCAGUAAGGACAUGCUCUGUGUGAGUGAGUUGUACUAAUUUCUUUCUGUACUACUUUAAUUUUUUUUUUCUUGAGUUAUAUAAUCCUGUAAUGUGUUCAUUUACCUUUUCGUAUGACUUUGUUUUUAAGAUUUAUGAUAUUUAAUGUUUUUUUAUCUAUCUGUCUGGUCAAUAAUUAAAGAUGGUUUGUUAGAUAUGGUAGUUGCCAAAGACAAACAUAAUUUAUUUAUGUUGUUUACAGUGCUUUUAUAUAUAUAUAUAUUGUAAUGGUUAUUGAUCUAAUUAUGUUGCACAUCAAACGUGUUUGGUUUUCUGUAUGUCACAGUUUUACAAUCUAUAUUUUUUAUUAUGUAAACAAAAUCUUUUGGUUGUGUUGUAAUCUAAAGUUAGGAUAAUGAAAAUAAUCAUUUCCUUUUUUCUCAGUUUCUUUUUAAUAUCCUUUAGUAUGUUUUACUAAAAAUAUACAAAUAUAUAAAUGACACAUUUUAUUAACAUCAUCCUUGCACAUGUUGUGUUAUAAUAUAGGAAUACUGUUUGUAAAAGUUGUUUAAACAAUAUUAAAAGUUUUGAUUAAAUGGAACAUUUGAAUUUUAACUUUCUUUAGCUAUUAAAAGCAAAAAUAGUAGAAAAAUAUUGGCUUACAUUAAAAAGUGAUUAAGAUACUUUGUACAUAGAAAAUCUAAGUUAAAAACUUAGGAUUUCUCAUAGUAUAUAUAACUUAAUAACAUUAAAGUAAAAUGAAUGAAACAAUGGGAAAAUGUGUUAUUUGGAUCUAAAUUAGUAAGAAACAGGUGUUUUUUCCCAGAGUAGUGACUUUCAACUAACCUGUAAAAUACACAUUUUAAAUCAUGCUAUAUACAAAUCAAAAGAAAUUGAGAGUUGAUGUAAAAAAAA